GAUGAGAUAAAGAUUCAAAGCCAAUCUUUUUCAAUUUUCAAUUGCAUACGAUUAAACGGACAUGUUCCCGUUUACAACUAUUUUCAAGAGCAUUACUCUCUAUUUCGGACCAUUUCUUUUGCUGAUCGUCUCUAUUGUAAAUUGCCAAUCAAAGAAGAAGUUUAAAGACGAUGGAAGAGUGGACCUAGUCCCCCGAAACGCGCCAGUUCGCCCGGACCCUGUAAAGGAAACAUCGGCGCAGACUUGUCCGACUGCACAGACCCCGCCAGCAAAAACACCAAUGGAGAGGAGUGGAAAUGUGGCUGAGGACACUCUCGCAAAUGUGAAAUCUUUGCCGCCGGAGAAGUCGGAUGAUGCUGAUAAGCCAAAAAAGAAGAAGAAGAAGUAAUUGAACAGGUUUUUAUGUAAAUAAAGAAGUGAUAGAAGGUGUUUUGUGUGAAAUUUUCAUUAUAAUUGUUUCAUAAAUUAAUCAAU